GUAAAAAGCAGGAAAUUGAUGAACUAAGUGGUGAUGCUUCAAUGGAAGAUGACUCCUUGGUUAAGGAGUGUGAACUGGAAACUCACGAUGCAAGUGAUCACGAUGGAAAUGAUGAAUUGAAAGACUCUGACGAAUCUGCUGAAAAUGAAGAAUUCUUGAAUUCUACUAUGCUGCCUCGUGCCGAUAAGAAGAAAUCUAAUUUAAAGCAGAUAGAGAAAGAGUUGGAAAACCAGUGCAUCGAUAUUCAAGAUCUGGAAGAUGACAACUUUGGUCUUACUCAUGAUGGAGAAGAGAAUGAGAGAGAUAAAGCAGGUUCUGGUGAUGGUACACAAGAAGUAUCUAAACCUCUUCGUUCAGAAGAGAGCCUAGCUGAGGCUGAUCACUCGGCUCAUGAAGAGAUGGAAGCUAACGUGUCUGUGAAAGAAGCUGAUGAUGAUAACAUAUCGGUUACAAUCCAGGCUGAAGAUGCCAUCACUCUGGAUUUUGAUGGGGAUGACCUUCUAGAAACAGGUAAAAAUCUGAAAAUUACAGAUUCAGAAGCAAGCAAGUCAAAAGAUGAGCAAGAUGCCAUUGCACCGAGUUUGGAGAAAGAAGGCAAAGACUAUGAGAUGACCAAGAACCAUAAAGAUGGUAAGAAGGAAGACUGCGCGAUGGGGGACCCUAUCAAGAAGGAAGCCCGAGAAAGCUCGAAGAAAGCAGAAUCUGGAGACAAAGACAAGGAUACUUUGAAGAAAGGUCCCUCGUCUACUGGGGCCUCUGGUCAAGCAAUGAGCUUGGCCAAGGAGUCUAAAGAAAGCAAGAGCACCUCCAAAGAUGACAAAGGAAGUGCCAGCAGCGGGAGCAGCUCCACUAAGAACUUGUGGGUUAGUGGAUUGUCCUCCAACACUAAAGCUGCUGAUCUGAAAAACCUCUUUGGCAAGUAUGGAAAGGUCCUUGCUGCAAAGGUGGUCACCAGUGCCCGAAGCCCUGGGGCAAAGUGCUACGGCAUUGUGACCAUGUCCUCGAGCACAGAAGUGGCCAGGUGCAUUGCCCACCUUCACCGCACAGAGCUCCACGGGCAGCAGAUUUCCGUUGAGAAAGUUAAAGGUGAUCCUUCCAAAAAAGAACUGAAGAAAGAAAGUGAUGAGAAAUCUGGCUCUGGCAGGAACCCUGGAGAAAAGAAGACUACAUCGAGUGACAAAACCAGCAAAACUCCCUCCAAAAAGGAGGAUAAGAAAGCUGAUAAAUCUGAGAAGAAAGAGAGCAAGGAUAUGAGGAAGCCUGAUGGGAAGGAUGAGAAGAGCGAUAGUGGGUCCGGCUGCCCCAGUCAAGAGCCUGCCAAGGCACCUGAAGACAGGAAGCGGCUGAGUGUAAAAAGUCCAAGUCAUAUGGUCAUUUUAGACCAAACCAAAGGAGAUCAGGUUCACCCAAGGACUAUAAGAAGAGGAAGGUUUGAGAAGCCACCUAUGUUAAGGAACAAAGAGCGUUUUCUUCACGAUAAAAUGAAGUUCAGAGACUACCGAGGCAGAAAGGACAUUUUGCCUUUUGAGAAAAUGAAGGAGCAACGCAUGAGGGAACACAUUGCACGAUUGGAACGAAUACGGCGUGCUGUGGAGCUCAGAAGGCGAAGGGAAAUGGCGGAACGAGAGAGGCGGGAGCGGGAGCGGAUCCGACUGCUGCGGGAGCGUGAAGAGCGGGAGCGGCUGCAGAGAGAACGGGAGCGGCUGGAAAUCGAACGGCAGAAGUUGGAACGGGAGAGGAUGGAGCGGGAGCGCCUGGAACGGGAACGCAUUCGGAUCGAGCAGGAGCGCCGUAAGGAGGCCGAACGGAUUGCUCGCGAGAGAGAAGAACUGCGCCGUCAGCAGCAGCAGCUUCGCUACGAGCAAGAGAAAAGAAACGCCCUGAAGCGGCCUCACGAUGUGGAUCACAGAAGAGACGAGUCCUACUGGAAUGAAAGCAAGAAGAUGACUUUGGAUACCGAUGCCCGGUUCAGCCAUGGGUCUGACUACAGCCGGCAGCAGAACCGGUUUACUGACUUCGAUCACCGGGAUCGGGGCCGAUAUCCCGAGGGCUCAGCAGUGCAGCCCUCGUCUUUUGACAGGCGCGAACGAUUUGUCAAUCAAAGUGAUGGCAAAAAGACUCGUCCAACAGGAAGAAGGGAGGACCCUGGAUUUGAGAGAUACCCCAAAAACUUUGAUUCAAGAAGAAACGAACCCCCCCAGCCUCGCAGCGAGCUCCGAGAUGGUGAGAGAAGAGAAGUGAGAGGAGACCAUGAUGAGAGGAGGACGGUGAUAGUUCAGGAGAGGCCCGAAAUCCCUCACAGCCGGCACCCUCGGGAACCUGGGCCCAACUCCUCCCGACAAAGCUCUUGGAAGGGCGAAGGAGGCAUGAACCCCAACAAGCGGGAUGCCAGAGAAAGGACGGAAAGAUCCGGCCGAGAGGUCUCUGGGCAUGCAGUGAGAGGGGCCCCCGCAGGCAGCCGCAGCGGCGCAUCCGGUUAUGGAGGCCGAGAGACGGAGCGGGCCAUGAUGGAGCGGGGCAGUGGUGGACAGCAUUAUAAUGAAGACCGCCAUGUGGUUGAGCGGCACAGCCGUGAUGCUGGGCCAAGGAAAGAGUGGCAUGGCCCCAAUUCGCAGGGCAGUAGUUAUCACCAUGACACAAGGAGGAUGGGAGACAGCCGAGCUGGAGGCGGCAUGAUGCCUUCUCACUCCAGCAAUUCUUCACCCAUUAACAGAGUCGUCCAAAUUGCUGGCAGUUCCCUGCAGAGGGGAAGUGGUUCUGGAUUUAAGCAAUUUAAGAGUGGACCUCCACGGAGAUUUUGAGUCCUUGCAUCUGCUCGUUCCUUGGUCUCAAGAUAACUUAUUGAAAAUCUCUUGUGAACAGAAAGCUUUGGAUAAGAAAACUUGUCUUUUUAAUUUUUUGUUUUAACAUGGCUACUUUUUCCUCACUUGGAGGCAUUUUAAAUAAGUUAGGCUGUUGGGUUUGGGGUAGUUCAUGAUAUCUUUUGAAGAGUGUUGUUCCCUCUAACUCUAGGAGCUCCUGAAUUAAUGGGAAGCAAACACAUGCAGACUGUACAGAGAACAUGUUCUGGCCAGGUAGUUUUAAUUUACCAGCAUUAGCUCUGUGAACGUCAGUCUUGAAAAUCAGGUACUUACCACAAAAUAUAUGGGAAACUAAAGCUGUACAUCAACCCCCCUGCUUUUCGGUGUGUAGAAAAUAAGGAUGGUGGUUUUAAUUUCUGGGUAUUAUGUAACUAUUUUUGCAGAACUUGUUACACUGAGUGGAUCCAAACCAAUGUAUCUCCUUUCCAAAUAAACUUCAUAAUCUGUAUAGUA